AUGGUCGCCGUCGAGGCGCGCUACGCGGACCCGCAGCAGCUCCUGGUCUUGGAGAGUUCCUGCGGCUCGCUCAAGGACGCGCUCGGCGAACCGGGCGCGGCCUUCGAGAAGGAGGCCUUCGCGGGGCGCCACGUCGCGGUCUACAUGGGCUGCGGCGGCGUCUGCUACGGCGGCGGGGCGCUCGCGUCGGCGUCGUCGAUCGUCGGCGACCCGAAGCUGAAUUUGUACACGGGCACGUCGUGGUCGCUGUCCGUCGUGUCCGGCCGCGUGUCCUUCGUGUUAGGCCUCACGGGCCCCUGUCUCGCCCUAGACACGGCGUGCUGCAGCGCGCUCGUGGCGGCCCACGUCGCCACGGGCGCGCUGAGCCUGAAGGAGUGCGACCAGGCGCUCGCGGCGACCGUCGGCCUGCUCACGGAGCCGGCGUCGACGGCGUUCUCCAUCGCGGGCAUGAUCUCGCCGCGGGGCCGCUGCCACACGCUCGACGCCCAGGGCGACGGCUACGUCCGCGGCGAGGGCUGCGUGACCUUGGUGCUCGACCCGGAGGCGGAGAACGGCGCCCAAUUGGCCGGGUCCGCGACGAUGCAGGACGGCCUCUCGGCGUCGCUCACGGCGCCGAACGGCUCCGCGCAGCGGCGGCUGCUCAAGGCCGUGCCGUCGGAAUCGGACUACGACGGCGCCGUGGAGAGUUUGGAGAUGCACGGCACGGGCACGGCGCUCGGCGACCCC